ACAACGUCAUUUCAUAAAACGUCAAAGCAAAGCGUCAAAUCAGAACACGUCAACACGGCAUUUAUUCGAAAAUCAUCGAACUUAUUCUUCUUAGGCGUUGCCAUUAAAACUACUUGCAGAGCAGUAAACACGAGUCAUCGGCAAAGAAUUGUGAAUUUUUAAAAAAUAAUUUAAAAAAAAAACCAUUAUCAUGGUGUACACAACCAUGGAAGGAGCUUUAUUUGAACCCACCCUCUACAUUGUGAAAGGAAUGUGCAUCCUUGACAAUGACGGUAACAGAGUGUUGGCCAAGUAUUAUGAUAAAGAUGUGUUGCCAACCGCCAAAGAGCAAAAGGCCUUUGAGAAAAACCUAUUCAAUAAAACACAUAGAGCAAAUUCCGAAAUUAUAAUAUUGGAUGGCCUAACCUGUGUAUAUAAGAGCAACGUUGACUUGUUCUUCUACGUUAUGGGAAGUUCUCACGAGAAUGAGCUUAUCCUCCAAUCGGUGUUGAACGCCUUAUACGAGUCAGUCAGUAUCCUGCUCAGGAGAAAUGUCGAGAGACGCAUACUUAUGGAGAGCCUCGACGCUGUCAUGCUGGCGUUCGACGAAAUAUGCGAUAGGGGAGUGAUCCUUGACUCUGACCCCACAUCGAUAGUAGGCAGAGCUGCUCUCCGUACUGAGGAUGUGCCCCUUGGGGAACAGACCGUUGUUCAGGUGCUACAGUCAGCUAAGGAACAACUGAAAUGGUCACUAUUGAAAUAAAACUGCACGUAAUUGUGUUUGAAAAUAUAUUAUAUCUUAAGUUAAAUAAAGUAUUUACAUAUGGAUAAAUAUUAAUGGCUUUACUGCCUAAUUAAUGAUUCGCCCCUUCCUAAGACUAAAGCUUUUAAGCGAUUUUAACAUAUAUAUAACUAUUAAUUUUUACAAGAAUAUAAUUCUUCUCUAUGCGUGUUACUUCUAUUAAACGGCUGGACCGAUUUGGUUC